UGGCGCCAUCCUCACAACAACGUGCGCGCUGUGUUCAGAGCUGACUGCGCAAUUGUUUUGAACUCACCUGGGAUUAACAUAUUUGCAGAAGAACUCCCUUUAAGCUUGGAAAUAGCAAAUGUGCCCAGUGCUGUGUGGCAUAUAUUGUCAGACCUCACACCAUUAAGAUUAGCAAAACAAUAAAGUCUCACACAAUGGAUAUCCAGAGCGCCAGCUCGGUGGUGCUGCAGGCUUUGACCCAGGCCACUAGUCAGGACACAGCUGUGCUGAAACCUGCAGAGGAGCAGCUUCGCCAAUGGGAGACCCAGCCUGGAUUUUACUCUGUGCUACUGAGCAUCUUCAAUAAUCACUUGCUGGAUGUCAAUGUGAGAUGGCUUGCUGUCCUUUAUUUCAAGAAUGGUAUUGAUCGGUACUGGAGAAGAGUCGCACCCCAUGCUCUUUCAGAGGAAGAAAAGUCGUCCCUCCGUGCAGGUCUCAUCACCAACUUUAACGAACCAGUCAACCAGAUUGCCACACAGAUAGCAGUGCUGAUCGCCAAAGUGGCACGUCUGGACUGUCCUCGACAGUGGCCCGAGCUGAUCCCUAUUCUGCUGGAGUCUGUGAAAGUUCAGGACAGCCUUCAACAGCACAGAGCUCUGCUCACCUUCUACCACGUCACCAAGACUCUGGCCUCCAAACGCCUCGCCACUGACAGAAGACUGUUUCAGGAUUUGGCAUCAAGCAUCUAUAGCUUUGCUUGCUCACUUUGGAAUCAUCACACAGACACAUUUCUUCAGCAGAUCUGCACUGGAGACCAACAGACUGCUCUCAGCUCCCUGGAGCGUACCCUGCUCUCUCUGAAAGUUCUUCGGAAGCUGACUGUACAUGGAUUUAUUGAGCCACAUAACAACAUGGAAGUCAUGGGCUUCCUCAAUGCAGUAUUUGAGAGACUAAAGCAGUUCUUAGAAUGUUGUCGGCAAGUUGGACCAGACAGCCUUUGCAGAGAAAAGCUGGAGAAGACCGUCAUUUUGUACACCAAAGUUCUGUUGGACUUCCUGGAAUAUCACCCGUGGCCUUUCAUCCCCCUCAUUCAGCACUCGCUAGAGUUCGCCGUCAGCUACGUGUUCACAGAGGCAGGGGAGGGGGUUGUUUUCGAGCGCUUUAUUGUACAGUGCAUGAACCUCAUCAAGAUGAUCGUCAAAAACGAUGCCUACAAACCGGCCAAGAACAUUGAAGACAGUAAACCAGAGAGCCUGGAGGCCCAUAAAAUAAAGACUGCAUUCUUUACACACCAAACACUGACAGAAAUCGGCAGAAGACUGGUUUCCAAAUACUUUCUGCUAACAGAGGAAGAGCUGACCAUGUGGGAAGAGGACCCUGAGAGUUUUGCUGUUGAAGAGACUGGAGGUGACUCUUGGAAGUAUAGUUUGCGGCCAUGCACGGAAGUGUUGUUCCUGGACAUUUUCCAUAACUACAGUCAAACUUUGACACCAGUGCUCCUGGAGAUGGUGCAGAAUCUUCAAGGUCCCAGUAAUGUGGAGGACCCAGUGCAGAUGCUUAUGAAGGACGCAGUGUACAACGCGGUUGGGUUAGCAGCAUAUGAAUUAUUUGACAACGUGGACUUUGAUCAGUGGUUCAAGAACCAACUCCUAGGAGAGCUACAAGUCAGCCACAACAGGUACAAGUUGAUCAGAAGACGGGUCAUCUGGCUGAUUGGACAGUGGAUUUCAGUGAAGUUCAAACCGGAACUGCGGCCCAUGCUCUACGAGGUUAUUCUCAGUCUCAUGCAGGACCCUGACCUUGUGGUUCGCAUCGAAACAGCCACAACACUAAAGUUGGCCGUUGAUGACUUCGAGUUCAGAACGGAGCAGUUCUUACCGUACUUGGAGUCUAUAUUCGGUCUGUUGUUCCAGCUGUUGCAACAGGUCAACGAGUGCGACACUAAAAUGCAAGUUCUCCAUGUUAUCUCUUGUGUCAUCGAGCGAGUCAGCAUUCAGAUUCGACCGUAUGUGGGCUGCUUGGUUCAGUACCUUCCUCUGCUUUGGAAGCAAUCGGUAGAGCACAACAUGCUUCGCUGUGCCAUUCUCACCACUCUCAUCCACCUAGUACAGGGCCUGGGAGCGGAGAGCAAGAAUCUGUAUCCCUUCCUCCUGCCUGUUAUCCAGCUCAGCACAGAUGUUUCACAGCCUCCUCAUGUUUACCUGCUGGAAGAUGGUCUGGAACUCUGGUUGGUGACAUUAGAGAACAGCCCUGCCAUCACCCCUGAGCUGCUAAGAAUCUUCCAGAAUAUGUCCGCCCUACUUGAGCUGAGCUCCGAGAAUGUGCGAACGUGCUUACAGAUCAUCAAUGCCUACAUUUAUCUCUCAGCAACAGAUUUCUUACAGAACUAUGCUGAAGCCCUAUGCAGAUCUUUCUGUGAGCUGCUGAGAGACAUCACCAAUGAGGGGCAAGUUAAUGUUCUAAAGGUUGUUGAAAUUGCCAUAAAAGUCAGUCCUAUGUUGGGCUCCCAUAUGUUCCAGCCUCUUUUGCCAGCUGUGUUACGGGGGAUUGUUGAAGGCGAAAGGUAUCCUGUGGUUAUGUCUAUGUACCUGGGGGUGACAGGACGGAUUCUACUGCAGAAUUCAAGCUAUUUCACAUCACUUCUCUCACAAAUGGCUGUGGAAUUUAACCAGGAGGCAGAUCAGCUCUUGGGCAAUAUGAUUGAGAUGUGGGUGGACCGCAUGGACAACAUCACCCAGCCAGAGAGGAGAAAGCUCUCUGCCCUGGCUCUCUUGUCUCUUUUACCAUCUGACAACAGCGUGAUCCAGGACAAGUUCUGCGGGAUCAUUAACAUCAGCGUGGAGGCACUGCACGAUGUGAUGACAGAAGACCCUGAGACUGCCACUUUCAAAGAUUGCAUGCUGAUGAGCCACUUUGAAGAACCAAAGCUGACUGAUGAUGAGGAACCCCCAACAGAACAGGACAAGAGGAGGAAACUGCUGGCUCUGGAGGACCCUGUGCACAGUGUCUCUCUUCAGCAGUUUGCCUAUGAGAAGCUGAAGGCACAGCAGAUGCUGAUGGGCGACCAGGGCUUCCAGGCUCUCAUGGAGACAGUGGAUACAGAGAUUGUGCGACAGCUGCAAGAAUUUCUCCAGGGCAUGUGAGGAACAGACUGUUAAAACCAGUCUUCUGAGACCAGAGAUGCCAACCUUUUAACCUAGAAAAAAGACAAAGCUUCCUUUUUUUUUUUUUUAAUAACACCGUCUUUUGAUUCCUCACACACAUCUUUUCAUAAGUUUGAGAUUGGUUUGAGAGGAAUCUACUUGGACUGAAAAAAGAGACAUUGUAAAAAGAUAAAAGAAGGAUCAAACUGUUAUAAUGCCAAGUUUUGCAGAGGGAUGACAAGGGGCUCUAAUAUUGAGCACCAAUUAAAGGGCCUAAGCAGUGUUUACACCGAGUCUUUAUAAAAAGUGAUGUGUUUUUUGUUUUAAAGUAUAAUACACAGCAUCACAACAAUAUUCUUCCAACACCCCCCCCCACCCACCCA